AUGCCGCCUAAUCUGCUGCCCUUCCUCUACCAGACGAGGACACUGCAGCGGGCGUUCCGAGCGCCAGUCUCAUCAGCGUUCUUCCGGCUAGCGCAUUACGAUCAUGGCGCCCCUGGACGCAGACGACCAGCGAAGCGAGACAUCUCGAUCCCGUUCGAGAUUGGCAGCGGCAGCAAUGAAGAUAUAAUCGAGCAAGAUUCUACAAUCACGCCCAAUGAAGCCGAAAUCUUCAAGGGCAUCUUUGACGAGAUUGCGCAGGGCCGAAUGCCCGCCGCGCGCAAGCGACCCCUCGAAAGCACAGGCGGCACGCCCGCAUCUCUCGGCCAGACUCAGUCAGAGGACACAGUGGCUAGGUCAAUUGUCGAACAGGCUCGUGUGACAGAGUUCCGUGAUAAAUUUCUCCGCCGAUACCCGAUAUCUCUGCGCAUAGCUGCGCAAAAGGCCCUUGGUCUGUUCGAGCUCGACGUCGAGGAGCCUGGGUCACAACGCAUGAUGGAACUGGACGAGUCAAGCAACAAGCUCUGGGAAGAGCGUCUAAAGUACGACCGCGCGCGAAACGACGAAAAGGAACGAGUCGAUUCCCUGAUGCAAAAGUGCGAAACGGAUCACGAGCUCUGGCAGUUCCUUGAGGCUGAAGUCUUUUCGCUGCCGCGCCGACUCGGCAUUGCAGAAACGGAAGCGCCCAAAAAGAAGGGCAGGAAAAAGGCCGCUAUCCCGGAGCUCAUCCCCGAGACCGACAAGCGCAUCAUGGACGUUCACGGCCCGCUCUACUCCCACUUUCUUAACCGCGCCCUAGGGCUCUUCGACUCGGCCUUUGCAACGCCGUCCGACUAUGUCUUCGCAGUGCUCCCGCGCGUUAAACAGCUCGGUCUUCCGUCAUACGUCCUUGGCGCCUCUACACCAUUCUACACACGUCUUGCCCAAAUCCAUUGGGAGCGAUACGGCGACGCAACAUCUGCCCUCGACAUGCUGCAGGAGAUGAACGAGACCGGCCUCUAUCCUGACGCCGAUGUCGCAGCGCUGCUGCUCAAGAUGAGAAAUCACCUCCACGGAUGUACAUGGGGCGCACAGGGACCCUUUGUUAUGACCAUGAUGGAAGCACCGCCGUAUGAUGGAGCGCUGGUGGCGCGACUGGACGAGAUGGACGAGUAUGUGCGCUCAUCGCUGGCUGAUCAGCGGGCACGCAAUUAA